UGGCCGCUCUCACGGUGCCGUGCAGGGUUUAUCCGUUUCUCCGGUAAAGCAAAUUACAAAUCGUCAAAUCGUUCGUCGCGUAUAAAUCGUCACCGAGGGAGAGAGACCGGGCAGCUCCCACCGCCUCGCGCCGCCGAAGCCCUGUCUCCAGGACGCUGUGGUUUGAAAGUUGCAGAUCGUGUGCUGAUGGACACCCCCGAGAGCCCCACUCAGUCCCCACAAUCCCCUGAGGAGGAGAAAGGUCAGUCUGACAGUGAGCUGUUCGAGUCACCCGAGUCUCCUGCCGAAGAAGACAACGUCACCUCAGACAGCGAGUUACUGAAUGAUGAAGAGGACGGUGGAGGAGAUGGAGACUCUAACUUUGACGAUGAAGACGGGCUGGAGCUGAUCGGGAGAGCUCAGGAGGACAUUUCCGACCAAGAAGACGAGAAGCCCGACCAGGGUGGGAGGAGAGGAGACUACAGGGCGGAGCGGGUGGGCGUGCUGGAGGGCAGGCAUUGCAUAAGCCCCUCCCCCGAGGGGGAGGUCCUAGACACGCCCAGGUCCCCAGACCCCAACUCACCCGAGCCAUUCACCCCUGCUGAAGUAGAGCGGGAUGACGCCAAGCAAGAGGAAGAGGAGGAAGAUGACGACGGGGCGGAGAUGGCCCCCGGGUCUGGCGCGAGCCGCCCGGAGCUGGAGGACGAGGAUGACGAGGAGGAGGACCGGAGGCAGAGGAGGCUCGUGGCGGUCAGCGACCUGAAGGAUGAGUCGUCCUCUGUGUCCCGAGAGCUGGACGAACAUGAGUUGGACUAUGACGAGGAGGUGCUCGAGGAGCCCAGCGCAGUCGCCUUGGAGGAGGAGGACGCGGAGAAGGGCCCUCCUGGAGAGGACCGGGAGGAGGAGGAGGAGGAAAAAGAUGAGGAAGAGGAGAAGACCAGAAAAAAGAAGGAGAGAAACCCGAUUUUGCCACCCGAGCAGAAGGACACUCAGCCAAAAAGGCCAGAGGAGCCAAGAGGCCAGGAGCGUGGCCGCAAGGAGGCCUUCCGCGACAAAAGGAAGGACGAAGAUGAUGGUGAGAUCGAUGAAGGAGAAAUUGAUGAUGACGAUCUGGAGGAGGGUGAGGUGAAGGACCCCAUGGACAGAAAGAUACGACCCAGACCCAUCUGCAGGUUCUUUAUGAAAGGUAACUGCACCUGGGGUAUGAUCUGUAGGUUUAUUCACCCAGGAGUCAACGACAAAGGCAACUACUCCCUCAUCACCAAACCUGACCCGUUUUCUCCAAAUGGAGCGCCCCCUGGAGGUGGGGGCCCUCACCCCCUUAUUCCUUCAAACCCUUGGGCAGGGCCUGUUGUGGAGGAGUUGCCGCCGCCCCCCCUCCCUCUAGAGCCUCCGGUAGAGAGUGCCUGGGAGAGAGGUCUGAGACACGCCAAAGAGGUGUUGAAGAAAGCCACCAUUCGCAAAGAGCAGGAGCCGGACUUUGAGGAGAAGCGCUUCAACGUGACCAUCGGUGAAGAUGAGCGGGAAUUCGACAAAGAAAACGAUUAUUUCAGGGAACGGGGCUAUCGCAUCACCAGGGAAAUCCGAGAUCCCGGUUACGAUGCUCCCGAGUUUGGUCUCCGGAACAGUGAACUGGAGUUCAGAGAUCCGCUAUAUGGUGACCCGUACGCUGACCCUUACUAUGACUAUGAGAUGGAGGCUUUGUGGCGUGGCGGCCAGUAUGAGAACUUCCGGGUGCAGUACACGGAGACGCCACUGCCGUACCACUACAGCGAGCGAGAGCGGGAGCGAGACCCGCGGGAGCGCCACCGCGAGCGGGAACGGGAGCGGGAGCGAGACCACCGCGAGCGCGAGCGCCGGCAACGAGAACGCGAGCGGGAGAGGGAGCGCGAGCGAGAGAAAGAGAGGCAGCGCAGGAAAGAGGAGUGGGAGCGGGACCGUCUGAAACGAGACGAGAAGGAGGGGAAGCCCCGUGAGCGGCCCGUCCGAGAGCCUCGCGAGAAGAAAGAGGAGAAGGAGAAACCCGUGAAGCCCCGCUCACCCCCCGCUAUGCCCCCCAGGGUGCCGGCCGAGCCGCAGCCCAAGAAGGAGAUGAUCCCCACCGUGAAACGGCCGGACGAGUGGAAGGACCCCUGGCGUAGGUCCAAAUCGCCCCGGCGACGGCCGGGACUCGGAGGCUCCCCGCCGCGUGGCCACAGACGACACCGGCCCUCGGGCUCAUCUGUGUCUCUCUCCAACUCCUCUCGAUCUUCGUCACGCUCUUCUUCAUACACCGGCUCUGGUUCCUCGCACUCAAGGUCCCACUCGCGGUCUUCCUCACUCAGCUCAUACUCCACUCACUCCUCCCAGCACAGCUCGUAUACAGGCAGCCGCUCCAGGUCCAGGUCCUUCUCCUCCUCCCCCUCCCCCACGCUGUCAGCCACCCAGAGGAACACCAGCAAGAUGAGAUCAGAGCAACAACCGGAGCAGUGAAGGGGUCAUCCACCCAAGCCUGGACCGGCACCCCCUCCUCACCGAGACAAAGGCCCGCCAAAGAAGCUCCCUAGCCCUGCCCUGCCUGGCCCACCUGCCAAGCCCCCAAAACCUGCCCCUGAGGGGGGCAAACCCCCAAACCCUCGUGAAGGUGGCAGACCACCUCCCCCGCGGGAGCCGGGGAAACCCCCCGGUGCGAGAGAGGGCCGUAGGAAAGAACGCCAGCCCCACAACCCCCGCAGAAGAACACUCAGUGGGAGUGGCAGUAGUUUCUCGGGCUCCAGCUCACGGUCCAGGUCCUCCUCUGCCUCUGUGUCUCACUCCCGCUCUGAGUCCCACAAGUCCAGGUCUCUCUCUGUGAGCAGCGUGUCCUCUGUGUCCUCGGCUUCGUCCAGUAGCAGCUCCGUCCGCAGCGCUGACUCGGAGGACAUGUACGCUGACCUGGCCAGCCCUGUGUCCUCUGCUAGCUCCCGCUCACCCACGCCGGGGCACGGCCGCAAAGACAGGGGCCCUCCACGGGAACGCCCACCCCCGCGAGAGCGGGAUGCUGACAAAGACCGAGGAAAACCCCAGAAAAAAGACGAGGUUUUCAAAGAGGAGAGGAAAAGAGUGGACCCCCCCGCCCCCCUCCCCAAAGCUGAGCUGGGCAUGCCCCGAUCGGGGCCUGGGCCCCGGGGCCACCCCAUGAACGUGUCGUCCAUGGGCCCUCCUGGGGGGUAUGGGUCACACAAGGACAUCAAACUCACCCUCCUCAACAAGCAGCAGGGCGAGAGGAGCAACAGGAAGAGAUACUUUCCUGCUGACAAAGAGAGACCAACAUCCCCUCUGAGCAAGAGGAUAGCACUGUCUCCUGACAGAGGUCGAGACAGGAGAAUGCCAGGACGUCCCCCAUUAUCGCCAAGAAUGGAUCGACCCCGUGGGCAGGGUCCCCGGCCCCUGCCUCCCCAGGGAGAAAGGAAGCGCCCCCUCUCUCCACCUCCCAAGUCUUCUGGGAAAGGCCCUGCUUUGUCUGCAAGCAAGCCCCCUGCCCUGGGACCCAGCUCAGGCUCCGGCAAGCCCACCAGUACCCUGUCGCGCCGAGAGGAGCUCCUGAAACAGCUGAAGGCCGUGGAAGACGCCAUCGCCCGCAAAAGAGCCAAGAUCCCUGGAAAAUAAAGAGAGAAAACAAAGCAUAAGCGAAACACGGCCAGUUUGGCCAGCCCUGGGCCGCGCCACCCGAGGACGCCCGCCGAUGAAAAACACUCGUCGUCCUUUACAAGCUGCAGGCCAUCCCAUGUUUGUCCUGGGACAUGAAGACCACUGCUACAUUUCUGCCCGUUUUCCCUUCAGAGAGAGUCCGUUUAGAUUUUAUACUGAUAUGUUAGUGGGGUGGACAUGCCCCUGG